CUUUCCUGAGCGUCCAAGCCCGUCUAUCUGCCGCUCAUACAUCAACCGGGUCAGGAACCUGACCCGCCCAUUUGUCAACCAUGAGCGCGCAAGACUGCAGAAGCUCCGGAUCCGAAAACAUCCACCGAGACGCAAAUGGCGGGGGGGUGGAGUGGAAGGGGGCUGGAAUCGUGUCCGAUGGAUGCGCUUCGUGCGACGGACACCAAAACCACAGCUCAGCCCGGCUGCAGCGCUGCGCGGGCUGCAAGAGGGUCAUGUACUGCAGUACUGAUUGCCAAAGAGCCCAUUGGCCUAUACACAAGAAACUGUGUAAAUUAAGCGCACAGAUGCUGCAAGAGCUCAGUGGGCUGGAACCUCAGGCCGCGAGAUCCGCAGCAGAGUUUGACAAAUGGGCAUCAUUGCACCGCCCAGCAUUUGUGUUCGCAAUUCAUCAUGCCCUCCAGCUCGAGGCAAACCCAGACGCGCACAAGUCUCAUGGUUUAUAUGUUGAGCUCACUGCAAAGCCAGAUCGCCACAAGUAUCCACUGCACCAGAGGUAUAACAUUAACAGGGGAUUCAUUGUUCCCCUUGAUGUUCUCCAUCAAAUGGUGGGCGGGGCGUCGCAUGGAGAAGAGCUGGCAUCAGCUUAUCCAACCCCGGAUGAAGACCGCCGAAUUGGUGUCAUGCUGCUCGGCUUCAAUCGCGUCGCACGGUGGCAACGACUGGGAUUAAUGGAGCAUGGGCAUCUCGGAGAAAUCGCGCGUUACGUUGGGAUAUCACAGGACUGGGUCUCUUGGUUAGAAAAAGCUAUCAACGAGAACUUACAGGCUAAGAUCAGGUUACCGAAGGCUCCCAAGAGCGGUCAACGUUAGAAGUAAUGAUCACGAUGACCAGUCGUGUUUUCUUUCCUCUCAUAUAUUCAUUGUUCCUUGCCUGUAUGUUCUGUAUAGUUUCAUCCGUUUCCAUGUACACAUGCAUGCUCAACAAUCGCUUUAUUCCUUGCUCCGUCAUCCGCUUGGUCGUCCAAUUCGCUCAUCAGUGCAACGUCUCAGCUGAAAUGCAAUAUCGGUGAUGAUAGACAUAUGCUAGUUUCCAGCAAG